AUGCAGUACAACCACGAAACAUCAAGUGGACCAUCCAACACCAACUGGCGUCAAUCUUGUAGUGCACAAGAGGAAGAGCAUUUUGUUGGCCUCACCAAUAAUGGAACCACAUGUUAUUUAAAUUCUCUACUACAAUCUCUGCAUCACACACCAAAAUUUCGUGAGUUGGUUUUCAAAUGGAGGUACGAUCCUGAGCAUGAUCCUGACCAGGACCAUUGCGUCCCUUAUCAAUUGCAACGCUUGUUUGCCUAUUUGACUUUAUCAAAGAGAAACUCAGUGGACACCACACAGUUAACAAAUUCAUUUGGCUGGCAAGCAUCAGAUUUAAAAGUUCAACACGAUAUUCAUGAAGUGUUUAGGAUCUUGUUCGACGUGCUGACUGACGGAUCCCAUUCUAAAGAAACUGAUUCAUCACCACCACAAAAAAAUUACAAUAACGAUAGCAAUGUAUCCUUCAGCGACCUGUUUUGUGGCACUGUAAUAGAUCAUAUCGAGUCUGUGGAUGAGAAGAAACAAAGUGGUGAAGUAUAUCAAACCACCAAAGUGGACAGUUUUAUGGAUUUGCAAUUGGCUAUUCGGGAUGUGUCCAGUGUCGAGGAGGCCAUUGAAAGUUUUUUAAAAUCUGAGGAAAUGAAGGGAGAUAAUCAAUGGUGUUGUGAGGAGCUUGGAAAUAAGAAAAUAGAUGCGGUCAAGAAUUUAAAAUUGGCUCAUCUUCCCUACAUUUUAACACUUCAACUCAAGAGGGUUGAUUAUCAAACAAAUACUCCUGUCAAGCUUGGAAACAAAGUUACCUUUCCCUUUGUGUUGGACAUGUCAAAAUAUGUAGAUGAUCAGCAACAUUUAUUUGAUCUUUAUAGUGUUAUCAUUCAUUCUGGAGAUGCACUUACAGGGAAUCCAUGUAUGGAAAUGAUGAGAUUAUUGGCGAUUCCACAAAUGCUUACAUGCUCAUGUACAGCAGAAGAGACCCAAAGUUGA